UGAGCUGUACAUCUGAGCAACUUUAAGUAAUCUAUCAUGAUGAGUUUUGUUACAAAGUAUAUUGGUGUCCAUGCUGUGAUUUUGGGACUGCUGCUAGCUCAGGCAAUCUCAUGCAAUGUGACGGGAGUGUGGCGAAAUGAGCUGGGCUCUGUGCUUCAUAUUGAGGCGGUUGGUUCUGAGCUCCGAGGCCUCUAUCAGAGUGCAGUAGAAACUGCUCCAGGAGUCACCGGUCCAGAACAACAGGCCAAGCUACUGGGUGUGAUCAGCAAUCGGGGUCUGCAAACCUCUGUUGCUUUCUCUGUGUUAUGGGAGGCAGGUUCCUGUAGCUCUUGGGUUGGUCAGUGUUUCCAACUGCCAGAUGGGAAGCGAGUUCUGAAGACCCUGUGGAUGCUGCGCUCGGUGGCUUCAUGCCCUGCAGACAACUGGAAGAGUACCAGGAUGGGAGAGGACACUUUCAUCUUUGUUUCCUGAAAGCAGAAUGUCCUGAUCAUCUGACAAGCCUGCAUUUGGUUUGCUGCCCUCUACUGAAUUUUCUUUGCUCUCUCUCCAUAGAAAUAAUCUGUUUUAUGCUCAGGGCUGAUCUCUCAACCAUGCCAUGAAUUAUGAUGAAACUGAAGUUCAAUUCACAAGUGUCAUUUACCUUGUCUUUCCUAAUAUAAAUAAAACCCUAAACUCA